AUGUCAAGGGCGCUGCUUCUAGCACGAGCGGCGGAGCUGCCGUGCUGGCUGCUUCCGAGCAACGGCAGCCUGGGCACACUUCAGGUGUCGCACGUGCUGCUGCACGGGUACACUGCACAGCGCGAGAUUCGGCAGCUCUACGACCGCUACUCAACGGCCGAUGACGGGAUGGACUUUGUGGAUUGGGUCGCCUUCAACGAAGCCGAGCAGGGCGGUGGCGACCCAUCUGCUCUUCGUGAGGCCUUUGUUCGAGCCUGCGCCUCUGACAGCAACCAGCUGUGCUACAUGCGUUUCGCGAUGCUCCUCCUCUCCCUGGAGAACCGAGCGGUGCCUCCCGGCGUUUACACCGCGGACCUAUCGCGGCCGCUCGCGCACUACUGGGUCGCGACGAGCCACAACUCGUACAUCGUCGGAGACCAGCUCACCGGCCGCUCGACGCGAGAGGCGUACCAGCGACAGCUAUUGCAGGGCUGCCGCCAUGUCGAAAUCGACUGCUGGGACCGCCGCCGCCUUCCAUCCUAUGCAAAGGCACCAGUCGUCACGCACGGGCACACCUUUUGUACCACAGACACCUUCGUUGUCGUGGUGUCUGCGAUCGCAGAGAGCGCCUUCGUCACGUCCGAUCUACCCGUGAUCCUAUCCCUCGAGAUGCACUGCGGAAAGAAGGGCCAGCGCCAGAUAGCCGAGAUGCUCGUCGCUGCAUUCGGCGACAGGCUGCUCUCUUACAGCCAGCUGGAGGCCAUGAUUGGGGCCAUGCCGUCAUCGGGGAUCUCGGUCGAGGCGCUCAGAGGCAGGGUGCUGUGCAAGGGCAAGGACAAGGACAUGGUCGAGGAGGUGAAGCGACGAAGGAAGGAGGAACCUGGUGACAUCGUGCAGCGGAGCGGACGCUCAAUUGACAGUCUGGACUCCAACGCUGAUGGCGAUGCGCCGACCAGGGCGGGAGAGAAGAUGGAUCCGCAGUUUUUGCGACACGUUGCUAUCCGCACCGUCCCCGCCAAGGACUUUCUCGGCGACAAAUCGGGCGAGUACGGCUUUGCGCUGCCGAUAUCUUCCAUCGGCGAGGAGCUGCUUGAGGAGGCAGCGGGCGUCGCUGCUCCGAGCACGACGAAUGCCGGUGACUAUGGUGAAAGCGCGCGCCUUUGCGAUAGGGAGUACCGGGCAACUCAAGGCAUUCACGCAAUGCAGCGCAAAACGGCCGCGCAUCUUGUGCGCGCGUUCCCCCUCGGGCCUCGCUUCUCGGGCAUGAACAUGGACCCGCUCCGCUGCUGGCGCACGGGGGCGCAGCACGUGGCUCUCAAUCUAUGCAACACCGUCCCCGACCUGCCUGCACAACUCCACUACGCCCUGUUUGAGGACACGGGCGGCUACGUGCUGAAGCCCGAGGCGAUGGUCAACGGGCAGGGCUGGCCGCCGCGGCGCGAGUCGCUCCGGCGCGUGACGAUCGAUCUGCUAAGCUUGCAUGGGCUGCCUCUGAGAGGCGAAGAGAGGCCUCGAAUAGAGGGCGCGCACGGAGCAUCGCACGCGUAUGCCUCUGAGCUGAGCGGCUGCUGGAGGCCGCCGAGGGCGGUCGAAGCCUCGUCGCCACGUGUGCACGUAUCACUUCACACGAUCGGCGGCUUCUGUUCUGUUGGGACGGAGCUUCCACCCUCCCCUCGCGUCAAGACGGAGCACAUGACCUCCGCCGCUGAGGGCGGGCUAAGUGCCUGCUUCGGAGAAACGGUGCACCUGCUGGCGGCCGAGCCGCACGAGACCAUCCUUCGGGUGGCGGUGCUGGACGGCGAGGCCAGCACCGAGGUGGCGUUCGAGACGGCGGUGCUCGGGCGGCUGCGGCAGGGCUACCGCACGCUGCAGCUGCGCUCGAGGCGGGGCACGCGCAUCGAGAUGUGCCACCUGCUUGUACGCAUCUCGCUCGGCGAGGAGCCACACCGCUGGCAGUCGGCGAGCGAGCUCAGGAAGGGCAAUGCAGAUCUGAGAAGCGAGAAUGAAGAGCUGCGCGGGGAGGUGGGCGAGCUGCGGAAGCGGCUGAGGCCCUGCGCCGCAGCACCGUGA